AUGGGCAUCUUGCACAAGAUACGAGUGGCCGUCUGGGGCAAACCACCUCCGACAAAAGCUGAAUCGAGACUCUUGCUCAAAAUUGAUUUCUUUAUCUUGACGUAUGUCUGCUUGAUGUACUGGGUCAACUACUUGGACCGCGCAAAUCUGAACAAUGCCUACGUCUCUGGCGCGAAGGAAGAUCUUGGCUUCAAGGGCACCCAACUCAACCAGAUCAAUACAAUUUUCUACGGCGGCUACAUGGCUGGCAUGAUCCCGUCUAACCUGAUCAUGCAAAAGGUCCCGCCCAGGAUCUGGUUGCCGACGACCUGUCUCUGCUGGGGAUUUCUGACGCUGGGGACGGGCUUCACGCAACACCCAUGGCAGAUUAUGGUGAUCCGUUUCUUCCAGGGCUUCUUUGAAGCCAGUUGCUUUGUCGGCACUCAGUGGAUUUUGGGCUCAUGGUUCAAGCCUGCGGAGAUUGGGAAGAGGACGGCGAUUUUCACGAGUUCGGGACUUGCUGGAACGCUGUUCUCGGGCAUCAUGCAAGGGUCGAUUUACACGAACCUGGAUGGAGUCUCUGGUCUUGCUGGAUGGAGAUGGCUGUUUGUGAUAGACUUUCUGAUCACUUUCCCUGUUGCGAUUUAUGGGUUCUUGGUCUUCCCCGAUACGCCGUCGAGUACACGCGCAAAGUAUUUGACUGGAGCGGAAAAGACGCUGGCUAUAGAGCGGCUACCCGAAGUGGACAAGCAGCGAGGUGUCCUGGGCUGGAGUCUGAUCCGCCGUGUCGUCCUUUCAUGGCAUUGGUGGGCCUUCGUUCUUCUUUGGAUUGCGGGCUCGAACACAGAGAUGUACUCCAGCAACGCCAUCAUGCAGCUCUGGCUCAAGAGCACAGGAGACUACACGGUCCAACAAGUCAACUAUAUCCCGUCGUCCGUCAGCGGGUUGGGAAUCGUUGCGACACUGAUCCUGGGAUGGUAUAGCGACUACAAUACUCGCAACCGCUGGCACGUCGGCAUCUUCCUCUCAUUCACAGCAAUCAUCUCCGGUGCUUUGAUGCUGUCUCCACCCACUCGAGCCGCCAAAUUCGCAGCCUUGAUCCUGAACGGCUGCCAAUAUGCCGGCCAGACCGUCUUCUUCGCGUGGGCGAACGAUCUUACGAGAAAAGACGACGCCAUGCGCUCCAUCGUUAUCGCCUCGAUGAACAUGUUCAGCGUCGCGGUGUAUCUUUUCUGGAGCUUGCUGUUCUACAACACCACACAGGCGCCGGACUGGUAUGAGGGUAACUGGGCGAUGAUUGCUAUGGGGUGUUUCUUGUUUGUCGUUACGAUCGUCUGUUAUCUGCUGCAGCGCAGGCAAGAGAAGCAAGAGGCCAUGGAGGACAACAGUUGGGGUUCUCCGAUUGAGAAGAUUGAACUUGAUGGUGUGAAGGCUUGA